GGAAAGUGGAGGACAGGCCGCCUUCUCGUUUCCGCUUUCUGCUUGAGGCGCGGGCGAACUCCCAAAUUCUUUCAUCGUCGCUCCUCAAAAAACACACAACCCACCUGCCCCAUCCCCAAAACCAAUCCUUCUCUGACGUUUUCCGUCUCGCCGACAACGCACCCAUCCUCUCCUUCGUCCCCCAUCCAGGAUUGCUUUGGCAGGACCGCAUCAACUGGACUCAUCCGAUUCUUCGACUUCUUUGAUCGCAUAUACCUACCUUUGAACGGCUCGUAGCAACUUCAUCGCCGGGGCUUCAUCGACUGCAUCGCCCCUCGUUUGCCGCCUCCAAUAUCACCACCAUCACCCACCCGUCUGGACACCGUCGUCUCGACAUCACAUCGCAACCAUGGCUGACCGGUACAUUCCCGAGCAUCGUCGCACCCAGUUCAAGGCCAAGAGCGCCUUCAAGCCCGAUGAGCUUCGUCGCCGUCGUGAGGAACAGCAGGUCGAGAUUCGCAAGGCGAAGCGCGAGGAGAACUUGGCCAAGAGGCGCGGUAUUGGUGCUGGCGACUCGCGACCUGGAGCUUCCCUUGGUGCUGCCCCCGACAGUGACGAUGAGAACCCUCCCACCGAGUCUCAGUUGAGCGAGGACCUCCCCAAGAUGGUCGAGGGUGUCUUCUCCAGUGAGAUCGAUAAGCAGAUUCAGGCGACCACCAAGUUCAGAAAGUUGCUCAGCAAGGAGCGCAACCCUCCCAUUGAGGAGGUUAUCAAGACCGGCGUCGUUGGUCGCUUCGUCGAGUUCCUCCGCUCCCCCCACACCCUGGUUCAGUUCGAGGCCGCUUGGGCCCUUACCAACAUUGCUUCGGGCUCUGCCACUCAAACCCAGGUUGUCAUCGAGGCUGGUGCUGUUCCCAUCUUCGUCGAGCUUCUCGGAAGCCCCGAGCCUGAUGUCCGCGAGCAGGCUGUCUGGGCUCUUGGCAACAUUGCCGGCGACAGCCCUCAGUGCCGUGAUUACGUUCUGAGCUGCGGUGCUCUGCGUCCUCUGUUGACCCUCCUUGGUGAUAGCCGCAAGCUUAGCAUGCUCAGGAACGCUACCUGGACUCUCAGCAACUUCUGCCGUGGCAAGACUCCUCAGCCCGACUGGAACACGAUCGCCCCUGCCUUGCCAGUUCUCGCCAAGCUCGUCUACUCGCUCGACGAUGAGGUCCUUAUUGACGCUUGCUGGGCCAUCUCCUACCUCUCGGAUGGAUCUAACGAUAAGAUCCAGGCGGUUAUUGAAGCUGGCAUUCCCAGGCGUCUUGUUGAGCUCCUCAUGCACGCUUCCACCUCUGUUCAGACGCCCGCGCUCAGAUCCGUUGGCAACAUUGUGACGGGAGACGAUGUUCAGACCCAGGUUAUCAUUAACUGCGGUGCCCUUCCCUGCCUCCUGUCUCUUCUGAGCUCCAACAAGGACGGCAUCCGCAAGGAGGCUUGCUGGACCAUCAGCAACAUCACUGCUGGAAACUCGGCUCAGAUCCAAUCUGUCAUUGACGCCAACAUUAUUCCUCCUCUGAUCCACCUUCUCUCCCACGCCGACCUCAAGACCCGUAAGGAGGCCUGCUGGGCCAUCAGCAACGCGACUUCGGGUGGUCUCCAGAAGCCCGAUCAGAUCAGGUAUUUGGUUGCUCAAGGCUGCAUCAAGCCGCUCUGCGACCUCCUUGCUUGCCCCGACAACAAGAUUAUCCAGGUUGCCCUGGAUGGUCUUGAGAACAUUCUCAAGGUUGGUGAGCUCGACAAGAACGCCGCUGGCGACGGCCCCGACUCGAUCAACCGUUAUGCCCUGUUUAUCGAGGAAUGCGGAGGAAUGGAGAAGAUCCACGACUGCCAGACCAACGCCAACGAGGAGAUCUACAUGAAGGCGUACAACAUCAUUGAGAAGUACUUCUCUGACGAGGACGAGGCCGGUGAUGAGGCCAUGGGCGCUCAGCAGCAGUUUGGAUUCGGUGCUUCCGGUGGUGCCCAGCAGGGUGGCUUCAACUUCGGUGCUAACGGCACCGAGUCGAUGGACAUGUAAAUGCUGUACAAUCCGUCUAGUUCUGUUUACGAAAGGGAGGGUUGAGUCAAAGAUUGGGAUGAGUGGACCCAGGUGUGAUGCUUAUUACGGCACUAUCUGGGAAUUCCUACCAUGAACGUCUUACCCCAUCAGC